AUGUCUGGCUUGAUUACAAAAUUUGUAUUCAACAAAAUCCUCCGCGAAAAUUCGGAUAAUGGUCACGGGACCGACGACCCCUACUUUGAGACUCUUCCCGCUGGCCGUCUUUCCGUUGGGGGGAGAAAAAAGAGACGCAAGAAGGCACUUCCUCCGGGACUCUCCCGCGAAGAUGAGAAAAUCCUCACCAAGGUUAAGAGAAGGGCUUAUAGGUUGGACAUGGCAUUGGGUAGCUUCUGUGGCAUGAGAGUUGGAUGGAGUUCUCUCAUAGCAAUUAUUCCGGGAAUUGGUGAUGUUCUUGAUGGUAAGAUCCGCACCGCACCGUUCUUAUCAGGCACUGUUGAAUUCAUACUGUACUAGUGAUGCUUGCUCUGAUGGUCAUCCGCACGGCUUCUCAAGCAAACCUCCCCUCCGGCGUCAGGGCACAGAUGAUGUUCAACGUGGUCAUUGACUUUGUUAUCGGAUUGGUCCCUUUCCUGGGUGACAUUGUCGAUAUCGGGUUUAAAGCCAAUACCCGCAAUGCCAUCAUUUUAGAAAACUUUCUUCGGCAGCGAGGUGCAGAGAAUAACAGGCGCCAGGGGCUUCCGCAGCAGCCGGACCCUUCACUAAGCGAUAAUUAUGAUAGGGACGAGCAACAGGAAGUGAUCGCUCAGCAACCUGGAGCACGGCAUCCACCAAACUUUCAGAGAGGCGGGUUCUUUGGCGGGCUUUUCGGAGGUAGUGCUAGAGUGGAUGAUGUUGAGGCACAACGUGCCUCUGCCUCUGUCCCUUCAUCCUCCAGACAGCAUCCCACCAGUCAUGGCCCCUCCAGACACGGGCGGCCAAGACAUGGUUCAUCUAGACACAAAUCCCCAAGGCACUCAUCAAGAGGCCACUCGUCAAGGAUCCAUGGGCAGAGUAGGCAUGGGGGACGGGAAGACGGGACAGCAGUUGGAACAUCAGGGCGAUAG